UGAUCUGAGAGAGAGAGAGAGAGAGAGAGGUUUGUAUUGGUGGUAUUGCAGAGUUGCUCAGAGAAGCAAUCCAUGCCAUGGCCUAGCUAAGAUAGUGACUUGGAGUUGAGAUCGAAUAACCCAUCAUCAUCAGAAUCAUCAUCAUCGUCACUACUUCACGAGAUUGAAAAUCUUUAUAUUUUGCUUUUUGACCCCUCAAAAAUGAAUAUUUUUUUUUCAUUUCCCUGCUAAUUGUGUGUUCAAAGGUGCAAAUAAAAGCGAAGGCUAAAGUGGGAUAGAGAAGAAGUUCUCAGAUUCUCUAAUAUCUAAAGAUCUAUCUCUCUCUCAGUCUCAUCUCUCAGCUUAUCCAGCUAGCCUUAAUUUGUUUUUUCUCUCUUUGGAGUUUUCCUUAGUCCAAAGAAGCUUGGACACUAACCAUGUUUCCAAUCUCCAUGUCCAAUUCCACUUCUUUGUCUGAGGAAGCUAAUAGUGUUUCUUCAGACUUUGCUGCUGCCUUAAACCCUCUUCUCCUUUCCACCAAUAUUUCUUCUCAUCAGUCUGAUCAGCCACCCAACAAAAUUAAAAAGAAAAGAAGCCUCCCCGGAAACCCCGAUCCAGAUGCUGAAGUGAUUGCAUUAUCCCCAAAAACCCUACUUGCCACAAACAGAUUUGUGUGUGAAAUUUGCAACAAGGGUUUUCAAAGAGAUCAAAACCUGCAGCUUCACAGGAGAGGCCACAACCUUCCAUGGAAGCUGAAGCAAAGGAACAGCAAGGAUCAGAUCAGAAAGAGAGCCUAUGUUUGUCCUGAGCCUUCAUGUGUUCAUCACCAUCCUUCAAGAGCACUUGGUGACCUCACAGGGAUCAAAAAACACUUUUGCAGGAAGCAUGGGGAGAAGAAGUGGAAGUGUGACAAGUGCUCCAAGAUCUAUGCUGUUCAAUCUGAUUGGAAGGCUCACUCCAAAACCUGUGGUACAAGAGAAUAUAGAUGUGACUGUGGAACCCUUUUCUCCAGGAAGGAUAGCUUCAUAACUCACAGGGCUUUUUGUGAUGCUUUGGCUGAAGAAAGUGCAAGACUCUCAGCAAACCAAUUUGCCACCGCCACAACCACCACCGCUGCAAUUACACCUCAAAUCUCCCUCUUCCCUUUUCCAACCCACCCACAACAGCACUUCACAAACCCAAACACACCAUUGCUUCCCUUCACCACCAUCUCCCUCACCCCAUGGGACCUACCACAAUCUCAUCAGAACCCUAACACUAAUCCCACCCAAAACUCCCCACUUCAUCAUCUCAUCAAGCCUGAGUCUCAUCGCCAUUUCCCACCACGACCGCCACAACCACAACAACCCCACAAUGGCCUGAUCACCUCACCCUUCCCAGGCCUCCACGUCAGCACACAACCCAACUCCAACCCCUCCACGUCAUCAGCCCACCUUUCAGCUACUGCACUCCUCCAAAAGGCUGCAGCCGUUGGUGCAGCAGCAGCCCAACAGGGUCAGUCAGCGGGCUUGACCGUGGGAGAGUUUGGAACGGCGAGCCACAUGAUCUCCACCGAGUAUCUAGGCGGGUUCACGUCCGGAGAUGUCUCCACGUGGCGCAAGACUGACAGUCUGACAAGAGACUUUCUAGGGCUGAAUGGCGAUGGCACUGGGAAUAAUAAUAAUAAUAAUAACAACGUUCGCGCUGUUCACGUUAAGGACAUGCUACCGUACGCCGGUGGAGUAGGGUUCCAUCAGCCGCCGUCUGAGCGUCUUGGUGGCCUUGAUUCGCAGCUGAAGCCCCAGGGUUUCGGGUUCGCUGAGACUACUACUGCUUCGGAAACGUGGGGAGACUAUUGAGUUGAGUAUUCGAGUCAGAAAUUUGCGCGCAAGGGUAAAAAGGUAAUUUAGCGUUUCUUCAAUGGCGGAAAUUCCCCUGCCUCGUAUGCCCCGAAAAAUGAUGAAAUUAAAAUGAAGUCCUUCUCGAGAAUAUCUUCGUUUUGUAAUUGCAGUACUACUUUCCCAGUUUCCCUAAGAUUAUUUCAAACAGUUCUAUA